AUGCUCGAGUUGCGCAAGGGCUCCAAGGAUCUGUUCGAGGCGCUGGAGCUGUUGAGGACUGCGCCAGAAGACAGCGUGGCUGCCAUGCUGCAAGACCUUCGCAGCAGAGGCUCCGUCUCUGAAUUUCUUCAGUCUGUCGAUUCGGGCUCGGUGGGCUCAUCACCAGCGAAUUCGCUGGUUACUAGUCUCGCGGGGAGUUCGGCCAGCUCUCCGAUGGAGAUGGAUCUCAAUAUGCGCUACUCAAACGCGUUUCCAUCCCUAGAACCCCUCGAAAUUGCGGAUGUAGACCUCGGGCUGCUGGCUCUUGACAAGCGCAAGUCGAAGCUGUUGACGGCGCCGUCGUCGGCGCCAGCGUCAGGCUCGUCCUCCUCCCCUAUAGACCUUUCGAGCCGAAGGUCCGCGACACCGACGUCUUCUGAAUCCUUUUCGACGCCGAGUGACACCACCGGAGAAUCACCACAACAGCAGAUCGAUCACCGAUUGGAAGGUCUUCAAAUAUGGCAGUGGACUUCAGUUCCCAUCCCGGACGCUCUAGCUGAGAAAGCCGUUUCUUUCUAUCUCGCUAAUGAGCAUCCUUUGCUUGCGUUCUUCGACGCCGAUUUAUUUAUUAGAGAUUUGGUAUCAGGUGGGGGUCGUUUCUGCUCGCAUCUUCUUGUCAGUUCUUUACUUGCUUGGUCCUGCCAUGGACAGGAUCGUGUCGGACUCCUUUAUCUCGAUGCAAGUGCUGAGAUCGGUCGACGACUUGGCCUGUUUGGUGAUAAAGAUGUAACGAUGCCUGGUAUAGAUGGUGACGAGGAGCUAAAGUCUGCAGCAUCAUAUGCCGCUUGGGGCUCUUUCGGUUGGCAUAGCCUUCACUCCGUCAACUUCCGCGCCAAGCAUCGAAUAAACCAUCCGCCAUCAUUACCCAUACCUGGAGAUAUAUUUGGACCGCCUCUGAAUGAUCAGAUGGGAAGCACCUUCACAUGGAUAUCCAAGUUCUGGUUAAUAACUCACAAGAUAUUCGGUGAAGGCUUUAAUAGCUUCAGUCGCUUGCCAAUGUCUCAUGCACAUCAGAUGUAUCAAUUGCUGCUUGACUGGGCAGCUGCCUUGCCAGACGAUGUCAAGAGGAGCAAUGACUGUCCACACCAUGUUUUAGUACUACAUAUUUGGUAUCACACAGCGAUUAUAGACAUAUGGCGCCCAUUCUUAGAAAACUACCAAGACGAAUACGCAUCCCGAAACUCUAACGCCAACGCCGCACACACAGCAUCCGUCCAACAACUUAAAAGGCUUAUGUACGUCUAUCGAACAAGGUUCGAAUCAACAAACUUGACAAUGUUCAUAACCCCGGGCUUGCUCACCCUAGUAAACGAAGUCUUCCGCAAUCCCGACGCAUCCGACGCCCAAUUCUGGUUCAUACUCUCCGCACGCGGUUGUUUGUCAAUAGCAUCAUGGUGCAAAGGUCUCCGCGGCAUAACAGAAGGCCUAAUGACCAUAGGAUGGCAAAAUGGCACUUUUAAACGUCACGGCUGGGCUGAGAACAGCAUGAUAGAAGACAUCCGCUCUGCAACGAAGGCUUUAGUGAAGGACGGCGGCGCUUACAGCAGUCUUUACCCCAUCAGUCUGGAUUCUGUGAGCGAGGAUAUGGGUGAUAUUGGUAUGGAAGCUUUAGCGGGCGAGUUCCAGCGGUUGACGGCUCAGAAUGAACCGCGCGGGCAAGAGGUGGAGAUGACGGGGGAGCAGCCUGUCUGGAAGGGCGACCAGAGGGAUUUGAAUUUGACUUUGAGCGAAGCGACCGAGGAAGAAGAGUAUAAUUAG